AUGGCUGCGACGGACAUCAAGCCUGUCACACAGACAGUCAAGGACGAAGUUCCCACCCUCAAGGAGCUUAGAGAUGCAAUCCCGAAAGAUUGCUUCGAAUCCUCACUCCCUAUCUCCCUCCUCUACUUGGCUCGGGACAUUCUCUACUGCGCAACUUUGAUCUACGCUGCGCUUCACAUCCACCUCAUUCCUUCACUGGAGCUGCGCAUCGUCGCCUGGAUUACCUAUGGCUUCUUCCAAGGAUGUGUUGGAACUGGACUUUGGAUUCUUGCCCACGAGUGCGGUCAUGGAGCGUUCUCCAAGUACCAGACUUUGAACCACUUCAUUGGCUGGGCUACUCACUCUUUCCUUAUGGUCCCAUACUUCUCGUGGCAGAUUACCCACGCUCGCCACCACCGCUACACCGGAAACAUGGAGAAGGAUACUGUUUUUGUCCCAUGGACUGACAAGGAUCUUGCUUCAAAGAAGAACCUGAAGAUCGAGCAACUGAAGCAUCUUGCCGAGGAGACCCCAAUUGUCUCCUUCCUCCAGCUCAUUGGCCACCAAUUGAUGGGCUGGCAGCUGUACCUUUUCCUCAACGUCACUGCUGGUCUCAAGAGCGGCCCCGAAGGAAAAGGCAAGAUUGAAUUUGCAAGCCACUACAACCCUUCAAGUGCACUCUUCGCCCCUAAUCAGUGGAUCUUGAUUGCCUACUCUGAUCUCGGUCUCUUGAUCAUGGGUUCCACUGUGUACUACUUCGGCACUAUCAUUGGCGCAUGGAACAUGUUCCUGCUUUACGUUGUUCCAUACCUCUGGGUCCACCACUGGCUGAUUGCUAUCACCUACCUUCAGCACACCCACCCCGAAGUUCCCCACUACACCCCGGAAGCCUGGACCUACACCAAGGGCGCAUUGGCUACCAUUGAUCGUACCACCGGAUUUAUUGGUCGUCACUUCUUCCACGAGAUCAUCGACUACCAUGUGGUCCACCACCUUUUCAGCCGCAUUCCUUUCUACAAUGCCGAGCGCGCCACCAAGGCUAUCCAGCCCCUGCUCGGUGAAAACUACCAUGAGGAGAAAGAGGAGAGCUUCUUGUACUCGUUGAUGGUUACUUUCCGCAAGUGCAUCUAUGUGUCCGAAAAAGGACGCCCCGACGCACAGCCUGGUGUUCUUCACUUUGUGCAGAGCGAAAGCAAAUGA